AUAUCGAAAAGCUUGGGAAAAGUUUUGCGCGGGCAAUCGCGAGGAAAGUCGCGUGGAGGAUCUUAUAUCGGGAAGCACUUCUGUGACUUUUUACGAGCGGAACAGAUGCGCCCUGCAUCCGCGCGCGGACUUUUAUGAGACGUGAACCGUCCCGCGGAACGACGACCGGAAUUUUUGUAUAUAAGAGUGGAGAGAAACGCCCGCGAUAAGAUCUCGCGGAAAAGCGUCACGUUUAUUCAAAUAACACCCUUCGUUGCAGUUGCGCGUCAGCGGAAGUUAGAAAAUAUCCGGACCGAAUAGCACGGCGAUCCAUUUCCGACUGACAACGAAGCCGUUGGCCCCACCAUGAGAUGCAUUCGCCCCAUUUCAAGUGCGUAAUUAAUCGUGGAACUUAAUCGAGUGCCGAAUUAAUCGCAACGGAUUUACGGGUCGCGUUGUGUGACAGUGACAUUCGCCGCGCGGUUAUGAAACACCGCUUAUGCAAGUGAUUUUGUAACAACGGAGAGGAAAAACGGACUGCUUCUCGAAAGAGAAAAAGAGAAAACCGUGCGUCGCGAGGAUACCGGAAGAUGGAUCGCGUAUUAGAAAACAUGCCGGAACACUGAUCUCCGACCGCGGGAAUAAAGAAGGAAACGAGGCAAGGUUUUCGCGCUCGGGUAACACGACAUCUUCUUCUCAUCGCUCUAAUUAAUCUUUAGGACGUAACGAGCGGACCGCCUGUGGGAUCCUUAGUACAACACCCCCGGCAAGGUACCAAUCCUGUGAAACUCUCAGCUGUAUAAGGUGGCACGAGUUGUGAGUAUAGCGCGAUUUAGACAAGACGGUGAAAGACGUGAGAAGAUUCGACAUUCGAAAUGCCGCCUUAAUUAACAGAACUUCGGCUAACUGGAAUUCAAUUUCCUUAAAUACACCCGUUGCGGGAUAGCUCGAUCAAAGCGCGUCGAGCACGAGCCCAAGGUUGGUGCCGACGUAAAUUAAAGACCAUCGACAUCGAUAACCUCGCUUAAGUGGUUUCAACCAGCGGCACUUUACAUUGGCGAGGAUCGCGGAAGGUGGGCGACGUGUCUUCGAUUACCGAUCGGCUUUACAUCUCUCGAGCGCCGGCGAAGAAGUCGAUAAGGGCGCUACUCGGUAAGGGGGCCUUCAAUCCUUAAGGGCGGAUAGAAAGACGACGCAAGGAACGGGGGAAACCUCUGAAAGCCUGUCUCCCUGAUCAAACUAUCGAAGCAAAUCCCCGAGGCAACUCGAUGCUUCGAAAAGUCAUCUUUGCCUUCGAAGAAUUUGCAGCGGGUGAGGUCGAAGUGAGAAAAGCAUAAGAAGUACAUUUUACGAGAGAUUAAGAAUAGUUUGAUCGAAGAGGAGCUCGUCGAGAGUAAUUGAUUUCUCGAUCGACCAGGUGAAUGCCGGCGAAGAAUCAACCUGGAAACAGUCGAACGAACGGCAGCAUUGACAAACGGUGCGUUUCAACGGGACGGAAGAUUAAUUUCGAAAGUGGACGAAAGAAUUUCGAACUACGGCAGGAGUUGGAUGAAUCGGUUAAAACGCGGUGCUGUGCUCAAGGACCGACGACCGCAUUAAAGACUAGGCUUUGCAGCGCGGAGAUAUUAAAUGGUGGGACGAGUGGCACGCAGUUGGACAAAGAGAGCAUUCCACUCGGGGAACAAAAAAGACGAGAAGAAUAAGAAGCGCGGAGCGGCUGCAUCGGACGGAGUAUAUGGCGAUGAGAUCGGAGGGUUAAUCUGAAAGGUUGGAUAGAACGAAGGCAGGGAGGGCCCCGAAGUAGCUAUCGCGACAGCGGAAAAAGUGGACCUUCGAGCCCGCUGAAUGUGAGAAAUUAGGGUGGGCUCGAGGAUGUGUGAAGACGAAUGCGCCGAAGAUAAGAAGCGCCGGUUGAAGAGGAAGGCAAGCACUGAUCCUUAAACUCUGUUAUCCUAGCAAGAGAAAAGAAGUGUCUCCACGUGUGGGGAGGGUGAUAAAAUCGAGUGCGUGGUUCCGGCCGAUCUUAUCAAUGAAAAACAUUGCCGGAUCUCUCCCGAAUCCCGGAGAACUCGCUAUUAAGAUCUUACAGAAUAGUCUCCGAGUUUGAGAGAAAAGUUUCGAGAAAUUAAGAUAAAUCUCUACCCUUGACGAAGGAUGCGCUUUAAAAUUAUCAUCGAUUAAGAAUAUGGUAACGCUGAAUAAUCGUUUCGGGAAAAUUAACUAGACGCGCAACUCGAAGGAUCCACGAUCCUAUUACAUCCUGGCCAUCCUGCAACCCGGUUGAAGGAAGUGCUGCGGGUGAGCCGGUGGGUUAAUGGUGAUGGCAUGAGGACAUUAGUAAAGACGCGUUGCGAGUCCAGCGAGGAGGAGGAUGAGGAUGGUGGUGGGCGUGAUGGUCCUUGGUCAGCUACUGACGAGGAUCUUGCUCGCGGCCCACGCAGGAGAUCGCCUCGCGGCAGCUCGAAGAAUUCUAAGGGACGUGCCACUGAUAGAUGGGCACAACGACCUACCCUGGAACAUACGGAAGUUCCUGAAGAACCAGCUGAGGGAGUUCAGGUUUGAUGACCUAAGUGGUAUUCAUCCCUGGUCACGGAGCGCUUGGAGCCACACAGAUCUCAAGAGAUUGAGGCAGGGCAUGGUUGCAGCGCAGUUUUGGUCCGCGUACGUGCCCUGCUCGUCGCAGCAUCUCGACUCGGUCCAGCUGGCCCUGGAACAGAUUGAUCUCAUUCGACGAUUGGUCAACAAGCAUUCGGACAGUAUGGUUCUCGUUACCACAGCGGAAGGUAUCGAGAGGGCGCACAAAGAGGCUAGAUUAGCGAGCCUAAUAGGGGUCGAGGGGGGCCAUGCUGUCGGAGCGAGUCUGGCGGUCCUGAGGAUGCUGUACGAACUGGGCGCCAGGUAUCUCACCCUCACGCACACGUGCAACACGCCUUGGGCAGACUGCAGCACGGCGGACGAACCCGGUCAAGUGCCUCAAAUCGGUGGUCUCUCGAAUUUCGGCAAGAGUGUCGUGCUGGAGAUGAAUCGACUUGGGAUGAUGGUGGACCUCUCUCAUGUCUCGGUGCCCACGAUGCUGGCCGCCAUGACGACGUCGAGGGCACCGGUGAUUUUCAGUCACAGCAGCGCUCACGCUCUUUGCAAUUCCUCGCGAAAUGUGCCUGACCACGCGUUGCGACUUUUGGCGCAGACCGGUGGUAUAGUUAUGGUAUCCUUCUACCCCCAUUUUAUCAGCUGUGGCGAAAAAUCGACGCUCGAAGAUGUGGCAGCACACAUCAAUCACGUGCGGAAGAUAGCCGGGGUGGAUCACGUCGGCAUCGGGGCUGGAUACGACGGGAUCAAUUUGACACCAACGGGUCUGGAGGACGUCAGCAAGUACCCGGAGCUCUUCGCGGAAUUGCUAGCGCGUGGAUGGUCAGAGAAAGACAUUCAGAAGUUGGCUGGUCUGAAUCUUAUACGGGUGUUCAAGGCGGUGGAGCAGAUUCGCGACUACCUGGCCGCGCAAGGUAUGGAGCCGCUGGAGGAGGAGAUCCCACAGGAGGAUAUAAUCGGUCGCGAUUACUGCCGUUACAACAUAAAGCGUUUGAUGGCGCCUUAAGCUGUCGGAAUCCUCUCGGCGAACGCCGCGAAACGUAACUCGCAAGCGGUCAAGUGAUCGAAACGGAGAGAUAAGUACAGAGGGAGAAAGAGAUGGAGACUGAGAGAGAGAGAGAAAGAGAGAAAGAGAAAUAGCAGGACAGAGAGAAGCGAGAGCAAAAGUUCACUGCCCCAGCGGGAGUAAAACUCACCCUUUAUAACUUUACUCCUAAGUUCGCGACCCCUCGCAUCUCCUAGAGACGACACGGUAUCCGCUGCACAUACAGAUAUGCACACACGUUCUCUCUCUCUCUCUCUUUCUCCCUCUUUUUCUCUCUAUCUUAUCGUUUUCGAUCCUUCUCGACGUUACUCACGAUUCUCAUCUUUGUACGUAAGUAGGUAGAUAAACUCGAUUUCCGCCAGGGAUGCCACAGCCGUGAAAUGCGAGUGUUCGCAAAGGAUAUCGAGACGGUCAGUGGAAACGUCAGUACCGACUAAAGGCAUGAUGCCGUGAAUAAAAAUUGCAGUUAGAUUGACCAGACAUGUCGCUAAGUUCUCUCUAGAGAUAAAGUAACAUCUAACUUGCAAGUUUUACUUCCGUCUUUUAGCUUCUAUCGCUCGAUCUGCUUCAUGCGUGUAAAAUUUUCUGCGUUAUAAUUAUCGCGCAUCUGUUGUGCAAUAUGUAUAAUCUAUGUUAUAUAUUAUACAUGAUCUUCUCUUAUUACAUAUUAAUUAUUGUUACAAUCGUUGGAGCAAUAUUCAGAACAAUAAUUCUCAUUAUAAUUAAUAAAUAUAAUUAAUAUAAUAUUUUAACAACGCCAACUCGACGUCUCUCGAAGAAAAAUUAGAACAGGAUUGAUUAAAUUAUGCCUAAUUGCUUCUUUAUAGACUUUUAUAGAUUAGAAUGUUAUUAAAAAAAAAAAUUAAUUUUAAUUUAAUCGACUUGCCUCACAUUUGAAAAGAUCGUCAUAUUUAUUAACCGUGUCGCAGUCUAAUCGAUAAUGAGCAAUAAUAAUGGUGCACCGUGUAUUAAUAAAGCGAUGGCCCAUUAAUUUGAAACUACCACGAGUAGUGCUAUUGUAGUGCUAUUGAUUACUCGAACGAGCUAUUGGUGAGCCAUUGUACAAUUUAAUUACUUACCCUAGAAGCAAAAUCAAAUGUACGCUGUAUGAUGAAAUGCAUGCAGAAUUACGCUAAGUGCGCUCGAUAACACCAACGUGCAAGCUUUAUAUAGUAAUUCAAAUUAGUGUUCUUGUCCAUCGUAAUUUAUUCGCUCAUUUGAAUCAUUCAAUUUAUUUGCCUGUUUAUACUACAAAGAACAACACUCGCCGUACAGUCGGGAUCAAACAUUUGGAUAAAUUUUAACAAAUAAGAGAAUACGAUUUUGUAAAAUGAUUGAAAACCACUACGGUAUCCGAUUACAGUGUUGCGGUACUGAUACAUACACUCGUCAUGCGAUAGUGAAAUGAGAAAGCGUGCCUCGCGUGCUUUCGUCGGUAAAAGAGCCAAAUUGGCUGCAAGUCAAGCUGUUAAUGCGGCUGGGAAAUGACUAAAAGCGAAGGGCCGAAAUAUCCGAAACUAGCACGACGAUGGAAACGAGGCGGAAACAUGCACUUUAUCACUGCGAUACGAAGACCAACGCGUUUGUAUAAAACGUUUAACAAUUUAGCCACACGGGCAUACUCGAUGUUAAAAUUUGUACUCAGCGAUUUCCUCGUCGAAGCCGGAACCAAAAAACUGUCCUAGUCAAUAAUUAUGCUAUGUAUACAUCACGACCGAUUACUUACGACGAAACUGUCGAUUAUUCAAGUACGAGUGAACGAUCGUUGAGAAUGUAAAAUCGUGAACGAAAGAGAGACGCGUGCUUUUGCGUGUGUGUGUGUGUGUGUGUGUGUGUGUGUGUGUGUGCGUGCAUUGUACAUAUGGUACCUGAAGUCGAAAAACAUAUUAUUCCUCCAACACGUCAAGCCGGCCAUGUUGGAUCGGAGAAUCAGGUCACCGAGUGUCCUCGAUCCUUUUUAAUCUAGACGCAAAGCGCACACGAAGUCGCGUCGAUGGGUAGCUAAAAAUUUAAAAUCGUGUCUCGAUUGUAACUCUCGCGGUAUUUCUUUUUUUUUUCUUUUUCAAACCUGACCUUUCAACCUCGCCGACUGCGAUUCCAGAUGGUAGGCUUGACCAAUCGUGAUUCAUCGGGGAGCUACGAAUGGGGCUAAUCGCGAUGCAACUCUCUAACGACGUCGACUAUUGUAAGUCGAGUACGUUGCUCGAUAAAAUGUAAGCCUUUCCUACGAUUUUACACGGUCGAAGUUGACGUUGUAUACACGUACAUAUACGUCGGCGCGUGUCGCGAAUUGAAUGAUGAAUUUUUUAAAUUCUAUACCGUAAUUAUACCGCACCGUCGUAUGCGAUUCCGAUGAGUCGCAAGAUAUUUUCAUCUCGUGCGGCUCUGCUUUCGCGUAAACUGUUUUGCACCUAAAUUUUAUCACAGCGGAGAGAGAGCUCGAUGAUUACAUCGGGGCCUCGAAUGAACGCAUCGAUUUCCCUUGUGCCACGACGAUAUGGUCGUUAAUUCUCCAUUGCGUGGCAAAUUCUAUUCCAACGCGAAUCGUUUAAAAAAAAUAGAGGAAAAAUGUGUCGGAAACAAUAUUUGCAAAUUACGUUUUUUAUUUGAAAUAAAUAACAGAAAUUUAAUUAUGUUUUUACCGGGCAAUAUUACGCUUUACGAAGGGUACGUGAACAUAUGUAAAAUUUCAGAUUUCAUUUAUUUCUAUUGAUGAAGGCAACACAAUACAAUCGAGAGUUAAUCGAGUCGAUCCCUUGCGCAGAACGUUCGACUAAUUUAACGAUUAUUUUCAUGCGAACAGAACGGGAUCGACGAAACGCGAGUCUCGUAACUAAUAUCCUAUAAGGUUUCGAAAGUUACUGGUAUCUAAAUAAAUCCACGGCAAAUCGGACGCCGUCGUUGCAAAA